AUGGACGUCGCGAUCACAGUCUUGCAUUCGUACGUGUCGAAAAGGGUUGAUCAGAUGGUGGGUAGCGGGUUGGUGGAGGAGGAUAAGUCAUUUUUUGACCCAAAAAUUCAUGAGUAUAGUUAUGGGAUUAGGCGUGCCAUUGGGGUCCCCGAGAUGGAUGAGUUCUUCAGGAGUGAGGGUCUUGUCGAUGGUGAAACUAGGGCUAUGCCUCUUAAGACAGCUAUUGAUGAAAUUAAGAUGAACACUUUCAAAUUAGCUUGCCGUCAAAUUGAAAUGAUUUUGAGGAUGAGUGAGGAAUUCGGGUGGCAGAUGCAUCGGUUGAAUGCCACAGAGGUAUUCCUUCGACCUGGUGGAGAUGCCAUUGAAGCAUGGGAGAAAUUAGUGCUGGAGCCUAGUACGAACAUUGUGGCUCAUUUCAUUUACAAAGAAAACAUAGAUCCGAAACCGACUUUCGGUACUCCAUCCAAUGCCAUUGCAGUAGCUACUACAAACAACUAG